GAUGCUGCACCAUUGUUUCAUUCAGCGUCACAUCCUGACUAGGUUCACACAGCACUUUAAACGCCCCGCUGCGGUCCGCCAACCAUGAAACAACAAGCCGAAGCAGACGACGAACCGGAAGAGCCCAUCUUCCGUCCACUUCGGCGCAAUAACUGGGCACCCUUCCGAAGGAGGCCGCCACUACGCCUCUCCCGCGAUAUCACGUGCUCCUUUCUGGACCAAUCAGACCACAACAGCGGGGACUCGUGGCGCUUCGACGGCGGCUGCGAGAACUGUGCUUUCUCCUCAACCUCCAUCCCAGCAGAAGCGCAGGAUACUCCGCGUCGAGAAUGUCCCGAGCGAUGUGUAUCUGGUGAAGCUGUCUAUUCUGGCACCCUGGCGCGCAACCGGCAUGAGACCCCGGUGGCGGCUACGAGGUUGGACGGCCACCAGCCUCCUGUGCCCCACGAAGUGCUCCCGGACAUCCUAAAUGCCCAUCUACCGCCACCUUACGCGACGCUACCUCCGAGGCGACUGCUUCCUCCACCGCCUAGGCUUAGGCCACCAAGAUGUGUUGUGGAUACCGAAGUUGUGGAGCCCAAACACUGCUGUGGUGUGCUCGUCACUCAAACCGUCAGCAUACGAUGGUUUAUUGUGAUGAUCGCGUUCGUCGGGUUGUGUUGUGCCAUUGUUGGAACAGUGUUGGGAGCUCUGAAGGCAACGGGUAGGGAGCACCUCACAGUGUCCCUGCUCAUGAUCGGUGUGGGCAUAGUGCUGAUUACAGUGAGCGGCAUCGCGUGGCGACUGACGUCACACGAGGCGCCAUCUUGUCGGGCCAUGUUGGGUCUAAGGCCGGACGAGCCCAACCGGAGGUUUGUGCCCAGGGUGCCGCCUUAUGGUCGGCCCAGUCAUCCCUACGCCGCGAUGAUGUACCCGGAGUUCCAGUACCGCCCUCCUCCGCCAUCCUACCAGGCGUCCAUGCAAGAGUACCGCCUCAGGCUACUUCUACUGGACCGAGGCAACGGCGGUGGAGGGCCACCCCCGGGACCUCACCUGCCACCGACGCAUUCUUCGGGACAUCCCCCGGGUCAUCAGCCACCACCGCCUUCGACUGCGCUGUCGCCAGUGUCACCACCUCCUACAUACAGGUCACACGCUGGCGCAGGUACUCUGCAUGCCAGGCCUCCACUGACGCUGCCGGAGCGUGAGUACAGCCGCCCUCCGAGUUACCGGUCGCGGACCAGUUCGGCGGGUGGUAUCCUUCGGUCGUGCGUCGGAGGCGACACUUCCAGGAGCCAGGACACUCUGGCAUCGCAGAGCCCCGCGUCUCCGACUCCAGCGACGCCACCGUCUGCCCUGCACAGUCGGAACCCUUCUCUCACCCUCAGCACGCUCUCGCAGGAGAAUGAAACUCAGGAGGUGCCGCCACCUAUGUCGCGCGAGGCGAACCAUCGCCCAAAGGGGGAGCUCUUGCGGAAGAACCACGACGUCAACACGGUGACAAUCGUGCAGACGACGGACACCUCGCAAGUGAUCAACCAGGACACGGUGAUUGUGUCUGUGUCUGGGCAAAAUGCGAGGACGCUGGUGCUGCCCUCGGGACACUCGGAAGUGCAGGUGACGCUGGCACACGUCUGAUGCCGACAUGGACAACGAGAGUGUGUUGCGUGUACAUACGGAUUACAUACUGCGGGCUGGUGGAGUGCGGUGUAUGACAGUGCGAGAGGUUAUUGCCACAAGCUAAGAAGUGUUCAAGAUUGUGCAUAAAGGACCGUGUGUGGGCCCCGUGGAUGCUCUGCCGGAAUGCAGACAGAGGAUUCUCCCCCACCACCUCCCAGGCCAUACUCCGUAGCUCCUCGGCUGCUCUCAUCACCAAAGCAACUCGCGACACAGCAAACGACUAUUGUGAAUAUGUGAAUAAAGACAGACGACGAACGACUUUCCAAUGCGGUGGUGAAAGAACACUCGCCGCAGUUACUUGUGUCUGCACGUGCAGCCUCCUGCUGGAUUGGCUUUUUUUUGCGCAGGGCUCAAGGAUGGUGUUUGACGAGCGGCAUUUGUCACAUUGCAGUGUGUUCUUCCAGUAUACUUUUAUGUUCUAAAUAUCGGCAUGCGUUAUAGCAUUUCUGUUCCUUUCAAAUUUGACUCGAAGGUCACACAAGGAGUACACUUCUGAGUCGUCUAAUGCAAAUAUGUGUGACAACCAUGAAAGUUCUAGAAGCUCCGUUGUGUGGUAGGCAGUAAACAUGGGAAGGACACCUCUUGGACAUACAUGACGGUUGAUGGCGUCGAAGUUGUUCUAAACUUCGAACGCUUGGAGAUGCGUGGGAAAGGCUAUAACUAGAGAUUUAUUAAUUUUUUUUCGGGAAAUUCCAGGGUGUUUAUCGGCACCAAUGUGUUUUGUUUCGAAAAAUCAUAAUUUGGAGACUAUAGAAUGAAUGUCGAAAUUUGGGAGCUUAUACUAUAAUAUUAUAUUACACUUAAUAUUAUAUUACCGUAUUACAGAAAUACUACAUGGCUCGCCGUAUUACAGUAUUGAGUGCAUUUGUGUUUGAACCCAUCUCAAGAAGCAAAUUUUGUAUCGUGAGGCUACUACACAUUUUUUUUACAUUUGUUUAUUAUUUAUUUAUUUUUUUACACUAACCACAAGGGUCCAUUGGCAUUACAUGAGGGGUGGGCAAGUAAACAAGCACACUGGGCAGCCAACAGGGAAAUCGCACGAAAAAUUAAUUGGAUUACAAAACAUCUGAAAAGUACGGGCGCAACUGCUUACAAAAUGAUUCAGGAUUAAUAAUGUUUACGAUAUGUUCCAGAUGCGUUCCACUCUAGGAUCGCUAAUGGAAUGCAUGAAUGUUGACGAUGAUUGGUGCGACAUGUAACAUGUUUAAUCUUUCUGUGAUGGUCGACCCUAUCGGAGAUGUAGUCAGGAUGAGGGAGCAUGUUAAUCACGAAAAAUGGGACGAUAGUAGGCAUUAUUAUACAGCAAGCACAGCCUGGAGAUUUCGGAAGAUUGGAAAACUGACUGUGGCAGUGAAUGAGGGUUAAGUAGGAUGAAAGAGACACAUCCAGAAUGGAAGGCAAAGGGUUCACUGAUCAGCGCUCCGCACGCAAUCGUUGCAAAGGGUGAACAACUGAGAUCUGUUCCCCUGUUCCUUCAUCAUGCCAUCCAUCACACAAGACAAUACAAGCAAUGGAAGAGCCCCCCCCCCCCCCCCCCCCCCACACACACACACACACACUAAGCACACGACAGGAGCCAUGUUCUCGGAAUGGGGAAUUCAAUUGGGAUUUUCCUUUUCUGUCCACUUAGACAAGGAACGAAACCUCUCCCAAACACUUUCCAGUGUACUGGUCUAUUCGGAAUACAAUUAGAAAUAUAGGGUGUAUAUUCUGAUGUUUUGGGAACAUGCUGGAUUUGCAAAACGGCAUUUGACAGGUGCUUUUCAGUAUUGCUUGGAAAAUUGUGGGAACUGAAAAAACCCUAGUUAUAACCCAAUACCAGUGACCCAAAUAUGAACGAUGGCAUCCAGUAAGGUACAAUGCCAACCAUCAAAGAGCAGUUUGCUGAUCGGUCCUUGUUCAGUUGGAAUUUUGGCUCGUCGUGAUUGGAGAGAAGUUAAUUAGCUGCAAACCAGCCAUGCAGACACACCUCCCCAGCAGAUACUUGCAGUGCUUGGCUGUGUUCUAGCUGUCAAACAGUGAGAUUUGUACAGUGUGUGCACGAACUUCUCUCCCUCUUGUUUUCUCGACUAGCUUUGUAUUAAUGAGGUUUGUACAGACUACAAACCGUCAUGUGCACGAAAAACAUCAUCAUCAUCUGUCCUUUCUAUACUGCGUGCGCCAUACCGGAGCUUCCAGAAUUUUUAUUGUUGACGCUCCACUGUAUAACGUAGCGAGAGCUUUCAACAUUUAAAUCUUUCUGCAUCAUCAUGAUACAUUUGAUGACCAAACCAUCAUAAGCUACUACCUGUAACUAAAAAAUGUGCGAACUGAGAGUCUAAUGCACGUUUCUCUGCACCGAUGUGGUGCCGGCGUUUCAGAUGUUGAAGCCUGUGCCGCAUCCUAAACUUGUUAACAUAUCUAUGCUGGAAACACAACCAUAUGUUGAUACUCCGUGCAUAGUUUCUGAUUGUCUGGCCCAUUUUUAGUUUUGGGACUCACACCACCAUGUUGUUGAAGUAUUUUAAAAUACAGUAUUAGCAUGGAGAUCAACGUGAAAGGUCAUGAUUGCGGAACAUUAGCCUUGCUUGUGUUAUGAAUGUAGCGCCCACUUUAGUCUUGAAGUAUACAUUUGUUUUCACCGUAAAAUUUACAAGGUGACAAGUUGGGAGCUUUCACUGCCGCAUUUCAGAAGGCUCCAUUGCUCUAGAAUGCAUACACUUUUGAACGGUGCAACACUGUGCAAUUGAAUGAGCUACGUCUAUUUUUGGAAGAACUUCCUCGAUGCGACCAGCUUGAGAGAAAACGUCACUCCGAUUCUUUUAUGUUUGUGCAUUCAUUUAAUAUAACCAGCUAAAAGUAAACAAAAAGUAACAAAAAAGUAAUAACGUAAUGUAAUCAGGAAUGUUUUGGAUUUUGUGUUGUGGUGUCAGCCUCACCUGUCAGCAGACGCCUGCAAUUUUUCUACUAGGUUUGUGCCAUAUAAGUUGCAACAUCUCAUCUUGCAGGUGCCAAUAUUUUGGUUGUGCAGAUGUAAAAAAAAAGAAAAGAAAAGGAGAAAGAACAUGGCAGGAUGGUUGAAGUGUUGUCAGAUGCUUUUUGUGUAUGCUUCCCAUUAGCGUGUCGAAUUGAUACGAUACACAUACGCGUGAAAAGAAGGGUACCGUGCUCGCUCUGUUCCUCCCAUCUGCUUUCACGAGCUGCACGUGUCGUGUGCGGACUGUGCGACUACAACUCAUGGCAGUUAUGCAAGUAAAGUAUGUCAUGCUGUGUAAGUGG